GGGCGCGCAGGCGCAGGGCUGCGCGGCUCCUCAAGGUGUUGGCGGCGCGGCCGAAGAUGGCGACAGACUGAGGGCAAUGGGGCCCGGCGGUGGGUGCGGCGGAGGGGCCGGCGGGCUGGCGCAGCCCACGGGGAAGCGGAAAGCCGAGUGAGAGCGGGGCCGGGGCAUGCCCCCGCGCGGCGGGCCGGGGCCGGGAGCGGGGCCGGGAGCGGGGCCGGGAGCGGGGCCGAGCCGGCGCCGCCUCCUCCUCCUCCUCCUCCUCCUCCUCCUCCUCCUCCCGCCGCACCAUGCCACGGCCGGCGGCGGCCUGUAGGCGCGGGCAUGGAGGCGGCGGCGGAGCGGCGGCGGCGCGGCGGCCGCAGGUGACAUUGGCGGCAGCGCGGCCGCAGGACCCCCGCGCCGCCCCCGCGGCAUGAUCCGCGGCGCCUGGAUGUACCCCCGCGGGGGCGCCGGCGGCGGGGCGGUGUGCUGCGCGCCGCGCCGCAGCGACAAACCCGUGGCCGACCCCGAGCGGGCGCAGAAAUGGCGCCUCUCGUUGGCCUCCCUCCUCUUCUUCACCGUGCUCCUCUCCGACCAUCUGUGGCUCUGCGCCGGGGCCAAGCUGCGCGCGCGGGAGCGGAGCGGCGCGGGGAGGCCGCGGGGCCGAACGCCCCGAGCGCUGCAGGAGCCGCCCGCCGGCAGCUGCGAGGCGUUCCUGGGCAACCUGAGCCGCGCGCCGGGCCCCGCACCGUGCCCCGCCGCCCGCGCGGACCUGGACUCGGCGUGCGCCCGGCUGCACUCCCUGCAGCGCCUGCUGGGCUCCUUCGCCGGCGUGCCGCUGCGCUCGCCGCCCGCCACCGCCCUCUUCUCCUCGCCCUCCUCCAAGAGGAACUUCUUACAGGCGUACUUUAGGAACUUCAACCUCUCCUUUUGUGAUACUUACACGAUCUGGGACCUGCUGCGGGAAAUGGGAGGCCCGGACAGCUUGGAUUGCAGCGUGGAGAACCUGAUGGUGGAUCUGGUGGCGGCGGCGGCGGGCGCGCUGGGCGGGGAGGCGUGCAGCAGCUGUGUGCAGGCCUACCAGCGCCUGGACCAACACGCUCAGGAAAAAUACGAGGAGUUCGACCUCUUGCUGGAGAAGUACCUGCAGUCGGACGAGUACUCGGUCAGGUCCUGCAUCAGAGACUGCAAGGCUGUCUACAAGGCCUGGCUGUGCUCCGAGUAUUUCAAUGUGACACAACAACAGUGCCGACACCGGAUCCCAUGCAAGCAAUACUGCCUGGAGGUGCAGACCAGGUGCCCGUUUGUGUUACCGGACAACGACGAGCUGAUCUAUGGAGGCUUGCCUGGCUUCAUCUGCACGGGACUGCUGGAGAGCCAGCUGCCCGAGGAGGAGGCCAAGUGCUGCGAGGUGCAAUGGGACUCCUGCGACCACCCCCCAGACAGCAGCUCCGACACAUCCCCCAAAUCCACGGCGUCAGAGUCGCUCCAUUACCACCACCACGACCCCCACCUCCAUCACCAGCGGCAGAACCACUACCACCUCUACCACCACCACCAGUACCACCACUCCCCGUCCUUGCUGCCGGUCUCCGCAGGGUCUCGCCUGGGCAGCAGCAGGAUCCGGCUGUGCGUGCUGGUUCUGAUGCUCCUCCACACCAUGGUGUCUUUCUCGAGCGUGCACAGCGGCGGCGGGGGGCUCGGCCCGGAGGCCCUGCCCUCCUUGGAUGAGAGCGUGGCGCGGGACGAGUGAUGCGGAGGGCAGAGCCAACCUCCGAGAAGAAACGCCAGAUCUUUUUCCACGAAGGGGGGCACAUGCUAUUCCUCCAAUGGGAGGCACGGGAUUGGGGGUGACGCACACAGACACACCCCCACACAUACCCCCAAGAGCUGCUCGCCGCGGGGCAUCCCCGUGAUGAAGAGUCUCUAAUGCGCACAGGGCUGCGGGACUCGGCGGUGAGAAGGGUUCAGUCAGCAGCAACCAGGAGGCUCAGCGUGGGGCGGCAUGGGAUGGGAUGGGAUGGGAUGGGGAGUGGAGGGGACGGGACCCCUCGGGGGGUGGCCCCAUGGGUACCACAUGUGCCUUGGGUACCCACCAGCUACGUGCCAGGAGCGUGGAAAUCAGCCUAACCCCAUUUUCUCCUCUGUCCGUAAAGCCCAGCACCCUGUGGUCCCAAAUGGGUUUGAGGGUAUGGAGACAGAACUUCUCCGCAAACCCCUCUCUUCCCUUCUCAUCCCUGGGGAAAACCCUGCAAGGCAAGGCAGUCCCUACAUGGCCUGGCCGGGCUCCUUCUGCUGCUGGUGGUGCUGGCGGGGCUGGAGGAUGCUGUCCUAUGGUGCUGGUGGGGUUGGUGGGGCAGGAGGAUGCUGCACUGUGGUGCUGAUGGGGUUGGUGUCACUCGACCCAGCGCUCCCCGCUUUGCAACAUGAUGGUUCCAUUUACCAUCUCUUGCUUGCUUUCCCCAUGGGAGAGGCUGCUCUCGGGGAGGCAUUAGGGAGACAUAGUGAAGCUGAGGGUGUCUUCAGCUUGCAGUGGGAUCAAGACUGGUAACAAUUGGAUGAAAGGCUUCGGAGAGCAUCCUUCCAUUCUUCGCAGCCAUAAAUCAUCUACUGGAUGGCAGAAGGACUGGGUGAAGGGCUGGAGAAAUCUGGCUGGUAGGGAUGGUCUCCCACACAGAGCAGAGGCACUAAUAAGGCCCAGCUGGGGAAGGGAGUUCUCCCAAAUGCUUUUUAUCAAUAGUUGCCCCCAGAUCAGAGAACACUGAGGAGCCCACCCAGGGCAGCGGUGCUCACUCCAGCAAGGUGCAGCCUCAGUCAGUGCAGACUUUUUAUACCUGAGUUCAGCAUUUCUGGGCAUUCGGCCCCAAACAGCCACCAGGUCCCUCCCUACCACAAAGCUCCCAAAUUGUCCAUCCACCCACGGGGCUCUGCAGGCAGCAUGGAGGAGGUGGGGAAGCAGGCUGCAGUCAGCUGCAGGGUGCCAUGGUCGCAGUGUGGGUGCGCACCUGCUGCUUCUAUCCCUGCCCCUUCAGAUCAGCCCAGGGAUAGGGUUAGGGUGGCCCUGUGGAAGGCAUGGGGAUUGUCCUGCUGUGCCCAGACCCCUCUCAGGGCCCUGUGGAGCAGUGGGGAGGUUCAGGGCUGUGAGCAUUUCUGGCUCCUGGUCUGGUGAGGUGAAGCAAAGCCCAGUGUGCAGCGCUGCUUCUGAGCUGGAGGAGGGCAGCACCAGGAAACUUGCAGGAAAGGCUGCUCCCAGUGUUUCCAGCCCAUUCACAGACCAAAGAGGCUCUGAAAAGCAGCUGAAUGUGUGACUUCUGCUUUGACUUGAACCUCAGAGCUCUGGGGAGAUGUUUACACACUACCAGUUACCUGUUACCAAAGUCCUGAGGAUGCAGAGCCCAUGGACUUGUUGUGCACUGGCUGUUGGGUAGGAGAGCUUGUGCUCGCGGGAGGUGCAGAGCAUUUCCCGAGCAGAUUCUAUUACUGUUGCCACCCAGGAUGGAUAGGUAGGGCGAUUCUUGUUUGAAUAUUCACAGCAGCAUCCCUGUAUUUGCAGCCUGGUUUACACCGAGCUGGGAACUCAGACGUGCAACAGCUCAGCAAACAGGAGUGGGGCUGCUCCGAUUGCUGCGCUGCGGCACCGCGGCGGUGAAUAGCAAACGCACACAGCGAGAGCGAAGGAGGGAGCGCAGCCGCAUCCCAUUCCUCCUUAAGGAAAUGAGAUUUUUCAUGUACUGCCAAGAGUGGGGCUGAUUCCAGGCGCCUCUCCCCGAGAUAGGCUGCGCCCAAUCUGGGGGGAAGCGUGGCCCCGCGCGGUGCGUCAGCACACGGCCCUGACUCAGCUCUGCUCUUUGUCUGCCCGCAGCUUGCUGGGGGUGCUGGGCCUCUGCCCUACGGCUACACGGAGUGACAGCAUCAGGAACAGCUCGGGUGCACUGCAUUUGGGUGCAGGGAUGGGGAUCCCAGGCAGGGAGCAGCUCAGGGUGCUGCUGCGAGGGGCUGCGGCAUUACCUAGUGUGACUGCAAGGAAAGUGCUGAGUCUUCACAGAGCGGGGCUGUUGGAAGGAGUUCUUUUAUUUAGCAAGUCUGGGCUGCUGUCAAUAAGUUCUGUGGUUUUCGGGCACCAUAUGCUGUAUUCAACACUUUGCCAAUGGCGUUAAACAAAUCCAGACGCGGCUGUUCGCGGAGCAGGGCGGAGCAGCUGGGAGCAGUGCGUGGCGCAGCCCAUCACUGUAGGGCCAGCAGAUAAAAAUCUUCCCUCUGCCCUGUCACUGCAACCCCGUAACCUCCGUAUCAGCCUUCCCUUUGCUAGAAGAGAGAAGCAGAGAGCAGACCGAGUGCAGGCUCAGCUGAUACCCUUUGCAGGGCAUCCCUGGGGGAGCGUCGCCCCAUGCAGCCCAUCCUGCAGGAAUUCAGCCCACGGAGCUCCUCCUUCCCCUUCCACUCACUGAUCUGAUUUCUUCCCCCGGUGCUGGGGGUCGGGAUGGUGCUGCAGGGAGAGGUGGCCACGGCCACGGCCCGUCUGCUGCGCCAGCCCUCUGCUUUGCGCUUUAAUGUCGCUGCCAGUUGUACAAAUCAAUUAAAAAUAACUGAAGAAAAAUCCCAAAGAAAGGCCCCGCUUCCUCUGGUGAAGAUUAAUCAUUAGUUGAGCCUUUUUCUUAUGAACAUACAGAUCCAUGGUAGCCCCAGGCGAAAGAUUCCCAGGGAGAGCCCUCACCAUUCGUGCUCUGAGUUAGGGAAAUCGCUUUGAAAGCAUCUGACAACUAAAGCAGAACAUGUUGAGUAACUUGGCAACACUCUGAAAACAUCUUGAAAUGGUUUUUGUUCAACACAUUUUGCUUUGCUUCAAUAGGAGAUGUCAGGGCAGUUCAUUCACUGCCACUCAGGGCUGCGGGCGAUGCCGGGAGACGGCUCCUCUGCCUGUGUUAAAGAAGGCAAAGGACUGAAAACCCCGAUGUGUGCUGCUGUGAGCCAGGGCAGGGUGGUGCUGCCACGUUGGAGUGGCCUGGAGCUCUGCACGGCUGCCUGUGCUGCACCCUCAUCCCUUAUCCUGCAUCCUAUAUCCUACACCUCACAUCCCAUAUCCUACAUCCCGUAUCCUGCAUCCCACAUCCCGUAUCCCUCAUCCUCCAUCCCAACCACAGCAGCCCUGCCCUGUUCCCAGCUGCCUGGUUCAGCCGCUGCCCUCACAGCAUCCUCAGAUGCCCACCGUCAGCUUGCAUUGGAGUAUGAUCUGAUACGUGGCCACCACCCCAGGAAGGAACAGCCCUAGAAAUUAAGAGACACAUUCAAAACAGAAAAAAAUAUUCGGAGAAAAUGGCUGUGAAAAUCUAUGCAACCUGCCCAGCAAUUUUGUUUAUAGAUUUUUUUGAGCUGCCCUAAGAAUAUCCAUCCAUGGGAGCAUAAAUCAUUGUUCCAAGUAUAUGUAGAAUCACAGAACGGCCUGGGUUGAAAAGGACCACAAUGCUCAUCUGGUUCCAACCCCCUGCUAUGUGCAGGGCUGCCAACCAGCAGCCCAGGCUGCCCAGAGCCACAUCCAGCCUGGCCUUGAAUGCCUGCAGGGAUGGGGCAUCCACAGCCUCCUUGGGCAACCUGUUCAGUGCGUCACCACCCUCUGGGUGAAAAACUUCCUCCUAAUAUCCAACCUAAACCUCUCCUGUCCCAGUUCAAAACCUCCUGCCCUGUGUCCUGGAUCCCGGCAGCCCGGGCCCUGCAGGCUCCAUCUGGGUCAUUCCUCAAGGAUUUUGUCACAGCUCUUUGCACAGUGCUGGAUGUGUCCAUAGGAUUGGGCUGCAGCUCAGCUCCGGGUGCUGGAAAUGAUUCUGAGUGGUUCCCACCUCCUCAGCACUCAGAACAACAGCACUUCAUGGCCGUCUCAUAGCAGAGCAGGACGGCUCUAACUUUGCUUGCUGUAAACUGAAACUCCCCCCACCCCCUCCAAAAAAAAAUCUUAAUAUAUUAAUUUACUUUACAAAUUGACUUCAGCUUAUGAAAUUUGGGUUUGGUUUUGCCAUUUUUAAAUGUAUUUAUGUGGGAGCUGUCCGUGCUUGAAUUGCAAAACAAAAAGCCAUUUUGAGCCAGACGGCUUUUGGGGUUGUUCCUUUUUCUUUUCAUUUUGAAAUGUAUCAGGACAAGGCGUAUUGAUAAUUAGCACUGACUUUUUUUUUUUCACAUUCAGAAAUGUAUCCAGAACUGCCCUUUCCCACAAAACCUUUCAUUUUCCGAAAAAGAAAGAAAGAAAGAAGACAAAAAUCAAUCACACUUGUUCUGCCCGCGCAGUUGGAGCUGGUGGCGCUGGGUUCGGAGAGAAUAGCAAUUUGUCAGGAAUUCCAACCAGCCCGACUCAAAAUAGCAAAAUAGCACCCAGCCGCUUCUCGGGGCAGCGGGCUGAGCAGCGCCGUGGUGAAAGCAAACUGGAGAGCUUCCUGCUGUCCUUCCUUCCUUCCUCCAACCCUUCCUCCUCUUUUCCUUCCUUCUUCCUCCCUUCCUUUUUUCCUUCUUUCCUCCUUCCCUCCCUUCCUUCUUUUCUCCCUUAUUCCCGUCUUUCUUCCUUCCUUUCUUUCUCCCUUCCUUCCUUCUUCCUCCUCUUUUCUUCCCUUCCUCUCUUCCUUCUUUUCUCCCUUCCUUCCUUCUUCCUCCUCUUUUCUUCCCUUCCUCUCUUCCUUCUUUUCUCCCUUCCCUGCUCUCUUCCUCCCUUUCCCUCUCUCUUUCCUUCUUUCCUCCUUUCCUUCCUUUUUUCCUCCCACCCUUCCUCUCUUCCUUCUUCCUAUUUUCCUUCUUCCUCCCUUCCCUUUUUCCUUCUUCCCUUUCUUCCUUUUUUCCUCCCUUCCUUCCUCCCUUCUUCCAGUCUUUCUUCCUUCCUCCUCUUUUCUUCCCUUCCUCUUUUCCUUCUUUUCUCCUUUUCUUCCUCUCUUCCUUCCUUCCUCCCACCCUUCAUCUUUUCCUUCUUCCUCCCUUCCUCUCUUCCUUCCUUCCUUUUCUCCCCCUUUCCUCCCUUCCUUUUUUCCUUCCUUCCUUCCUUGCUUCCUUCCUUCCUUCCUCCCUCCAUCCCCAGAGCUGCAGACCUGGCAUCUCACCUGUGGCUGCAGAGAUGCUCCUGUUGAGGACACCACUGCAGUCCCCGGUGGCUUUUGGCUGCCCGCAGCCAUCCGUCCAGCCACGCUCUGUUCUUUCCCAACCCAUUGCAUCCCAGCUCCUCCUGGCCUGCAGAGCACUCCGCCAGCACUGAUGGGAAGCCCUCGAACCAGAGCAUUUUCCCACAUAUUCGUGGGAGUUUAAAUUUGGAAGGAAUUCGACCCGUGGGUCUGGCAGGGACACCGCAGGGCGCGCGUGGGGCAAAGCAAACACCGCAUUCCAGCAAGGAGCAAUCUGAGGGAGCAAAGGGGAGAGCCCGGGGGGUGGGGGUGGCCCAUGGGGGCUGAUGGUGACCGAACCCUUCUCACGCGCUUGGAGCUGUCGGUGGGUGCAGGGCCUCGACCUGCACAGGGCCCAACUGAGCGCUGCGAGGUGAACCAACCAUACUGCUGAAGUCAAAGUACUCUUUCUAAUCCCCCUGCCCGGUUUUCUCUUUCUUUCCAGCUUUCGUCCUCUGCCUCCCCCCGCCCCCCCUCUGUUCCCACCCCCCUUCUGUUUCUCUUUCUCCCCUCUGUCAUAAGAAAGUGACUGUGUCCUCGACGGGACAGUUUUCUUAUGCCAUUUUAUACACUGUGCUUCAUGUUUAGAACUUUUUUGCACUAGUUCCUAUUACAUUUAUUUUCCAAACCGGUUUGACAAAAAACAAACAAACAAACAACAACAAAAAAAAACCAACAAAAAAAAAAAGACAAAAAAAAAUACAAAACCAACCGACAAAACCAACACGAAACCAUGCUAUAAUUCCGUUGUAUUAAAAAUAUUAUCCUACUACUCUCUGUGUUCAAUAGUCUCUGUACCUGUAAUGCUUUCAGUUCUGUUGUAUCCGGGGCAGAGGUUUGCUCCGCUCCUUGUUUAACCCAGUACGGAAAUAAAAUGUUAAGAGUUGA